AUGAUGCUCUUAUGGGUCGCACUGCUUCUCCUUCAUCAAGGAUAUGCAUUGGUUCCAGUAAUCACAGUUCAACUUGGUGAACGCGCAACUCUGACGUGUGACUUACCAGAGGAAUGGGUGGGCCUUAAAAAUMUCCACUGGUACAAGCAGGAUGCUGGGAAUUCUUUGAAAUUAAUCACAAUGCUUCGUAAAAACACAAAUCCUAAAUAUGGACCAGACGUUUCACCUUCAAGAUUUACUGUAACGUACUUUGAGAAAACUAGCACUUUGACGAUUCUUGAGUCAGUUAAAGAAGAUGAAGGGAUGUAUCACUGUGCAAUCAUGGACUGGAUUGAAAACACUUGGAGUGGGACCUAUUUGUCAAUAAAAGGAAACGGUGCAAGAACAAUAAAGUACACAGAAGUACGGCAGUCUACAAAGACAAAUCCAGUCCGUUUAGGAGACUCUGUGACUCUGCAGUGUUCUGUCCUCUAUAACUCUGAGAACAAAUCUUGUGCAGAAGAACCCAAAGUUUUCUGGUUCAGACCUGGAUCCCAUCAGUCUCACCCAGAAAUGAUUUACACUGAUGACUGUGAGGAGAAACAUGACAGGACGUGUGUUUAUAGCCUCUCCAAGAACGUUACCUCCUCUGAUGCUGGGACUUAUUACUGUGCCGUGGCCACAURUGGAGAAAUAAUAUUUGGAAAAGAGAAACCAAAGGACCAAAACAAAUUUAAGCUGCCGAUUGCAGUAGACAAGUUUAAAUGA